UCUAUAUUCAGGGGGAGGAGGAUUGGAACUCCGAAGAGGUGGACUUUUUUUUUGCCUAGUUAGACAGAAAACAGCUUUUACAAGCCAGCUGAUCUUUUGACUUUUGCCCAAGACAAUCUGAGGAAAAGGCUUUCUGAUACGCCCCACCUAUCACCACAACCCACAAAAGAAAAACAUGAAAUUAGAGAGAGAGAGAAGAGAGAGAGAGAUAUCAAUUCUGGUUGGAUUUUAUUGGAUUUUACUGCUCUCCCAAGUAAAUGUGCAUUUGAUGUAAAGGAGUUAGCUUGCUUUUAUUUGUGUUGCAAUAAAGAGUGAGAAAGGGAAAGAUAAAGAGAGAAAGGUCCAGCUUUUUUAGCUGGUUUUUAGUUGUUUCAUGGAGGUGUGGAUUUUGGGUUGAAGAAGGGAUCUUUAUAUGCUAUGUUUUGUUCCUGUUAAGCCCUUUUGGUUCAUGUUUUUUCAAGUUUCGUGUUUGGGGAGUUUUCCUUGUUAAAAUUUGGGAUCUGGGAUUUGAGGGUUCCAGGCUUCAUUUCUUCAGCCUUUGACUCAUUUCCUUUCCAAGUUUUUGUCUUUCUUGUACUUCUCUUCGAAAAAGUUGGCCUUUGACUUUCUUGUACACUUCCAAUUCUGGAUUCUUUUCUGUGGUUUUUGCACCUGAAUUUUUUUUCUUGUUUUUGAACUGAUCCUGAGAAUCUGAGAUGCUUUUUUUCUCAGACUGAGCCUGGGAUUUGUUGCUGGAUUUUUUCCGCUUUAACAUUUUUUUUGGCUCCGUAUGGUUGUUUCUCUCUGACUUGAAUCCUUUUUAGCUGAAUUUAGUGCUUUCUUGAUCUGGUACAUGAUUCCUCCCUUUUGCUUUGAGUCGUAGGUUUGAAAAUCGAACCCACUUAUUACUAAAAAGUGGGGUUUUCUUAGAUGUGUUAAAAACCCCUUUUCUUGUGGUGAAUCUCCAGCUAGUCUUCUUCCUGGGUUUUGUUUCAAGUUUUUGCCGCUUUGAUGCAUCUUUCACUGUGGAAGCCCAUAUCUCACUGUGCUGCUCUUAUCUUUUUAGACAAGAAGAGCAGGAGAAGAGAUGGGUCUGAAUCUGCAGCUGAAAUCAAGAAGAACCCUUCUAUUCUCCGGAAACUACACGAGAACAAGCUCAGGGAAGCUCUUGAAGAAGCAUCUGAAGAAGGGUCUUUGUUCAAGUCUCAGGACAUGGAACCUGAUUCACUAGCCAAUCAGGAUGAGAGCUUGGGACGAUCAAGAUCCCUUGCUAGGCUCCAUGCUCAGCGUGAAUUCUUGCGAGCUACAUCUCUCGCCGCGGAGCGUAUAUUUGAGAGUGAAGAUUCUAUACCUGAUGUCCAUGAGGCUUUCAAUAAGUUCCUUACAAUGUACCCAAAAUACCAGUCAUCAAAGAAGAUUGAUCAGUUGAGGUCAGAUGAGUAUGCACAUUUGUCACCAAAGGUAUGCCUUGAUUAUUGUGGAUUUGGGCUUUUCUCUUAUGUUCAAACUUUGCAUUACUGGGAGUCUUCUACAUUUAGCUUGUCCGAGAUAACUGCAAAUUUGAGUAACCAUGCACUUUAUGGUGGUGCGGAAAAAGGCACCGUGGAAUAUGACAUAAAGAGUAGGAUAAUGGAUUAUUUGAACAUUCCUGAACAUGAGUAUGGCCUUGUGUUUACUGUAAGUAGGGGGUCUGCGUUUAAGUUACUGGCUGACUCGUAUCCUUUUCACACGAAUAAGAAAUUGUUGACCAUGUUUGAUUAUGAGAGUCAAUCUGUGAAUUGGAUGGCUCAGACUGCUAGGGAGAAGGGUGCAAAAGUUUACAGUGCUUGGUUUAAAUGGCCAACUCUUAAACUUUGUUCUACUGAUUUGAGAAAGCAGAUUUCAAAUAAAAAGAGGAGGAAGAAGGAUUCCGCUACUGGUCUUUUUGUUUUUCCAGUGCAGUCUAGAGUAACGGGGGCUAAGUAUUCGUACCAGUGGAUGGCAUUGGCUCAGCAUAACAAUUGGCAUGUCUUGCUUGAUGCUGGGUCAUUGGGUCCCAAAGACAUGGAUUCACUUGGCCUGUCCUUAUUUCGGCCAGAUUUCAUUAUCACAUCAUUCUACAGGGUGUUUGGAUAUGAUCCAACUGGCUUUGGGUGCCUUCUUAUAAAAAAAUCAGUCAUGGGAAGCCUUCAGAACCAGUCGGGAUCUACUGGUUCUGGAAUGGUGAAGAUUACCCCUGAGUAUCCUCUCUAUCUGAGUGAUUCUGUAGAUGGUCUUGAUGGAUUGGGUGGAAUUGAGGACAAUGAAGUUGGUGCGAACGGUGAUAAGCCCUCUGAAAACCGACCAGGAACACAGUUGCCUGCUUUUUCUGGUGCCUUCACAUCUGCUCAGGUUAGGGAUGUAUUUGAUACAGAAAUGGAUCAAGAUAAUAGUUCUGACAGAGAUGGAGCAAGCACCAUAUUUGAAGAAACUGAGAGCAUUUCUGUAGGAGAAGUGAUGAAAAGCCCUGUCUUCAGCGAAGAUGAGUCAUCAGACAACUCAUUCUGGAUUGAUUUGGGUCAGAGUCCAUUGGGAUCUGAUGGUGCGGGCCAGUUGAAUAAACAGAAAAUUGCCUCCCCUUUGCCACCUGUUUGGUUUAGUGGCAGGAAGAACCACAAGCGGCUCUCUCCAAAGCCAACAUCAAAGAUAUACGGCAGCCCAAUAUAUGAUGAUAAAGAUGUUAACAUGGGGCAUGAUGAUCAUCAUGUGUUAUCCUUUGAUGCUGCUGUUCUAUCAGUUUCUCAGGAACCGGACCGUGGGAAGGAGAUCCCUGAAGAAGAACAGUUUUCAGGAACAAACAUCACCUCACGAAAUCACAAGAAGGCUUCAGAUCAUUCGCGUGUUUUGGAAAUCCAGGAAGAACAGGGUACCAGUGAACCUCUGUCUGCGGGGUCUGUAUCUAAUUCUGCUAUAAAUGGAGCUCGCCUCAAUAAUUCUUCCGUCUUUCAGAAUAAUGGCUUAGCAAAUUGCUCAACUUCUGAAAUUUCCUCAGAGAUUAAAGAAAGUGCUAUAAGAAGAGAAACUGAAGGUGAAUUUAGGUUGUUGGGGAGGAGGGAAGGGAAUAGAUAUAAUGGUGGCAGACUUUUUGGUUUAGAAGAUGAGCAUCCAAGCCAGGGAAGAAGGGUAUCCUUUAGCAUGGAGAAUAACCGUAAAGAGCACCUGAGUCAUACUUUGGAACCGGGAGAAGUGUCUGUGACCGGCAUUGAUGAUGAAGACUGCACCAGCGACGGAGAAUAUGGUGAUGGACAAGAUCAGGACAGGAGGGAGCCUGAGAUAAUAUGUCGGCAUCUUGAUCAUGUUAAUAUGUUGGGGCUCAAUAAAACCACUCUUAGAUUACGUUUUUUGAUUAAUUGGCUUGUAACCUCAUUACUGCAGCUCAAACUACCUAGUCCGGAUGGAGAUGGCAGAGUGAAUCUUGUUCACAUCUAUGGCUCAAAAAUAAAAUAUGAAAGGGGUGCUGCCGUGGCUUUCAAUGUGAGGGACAGGAACCGGGGCCUCAUUAAUCCAGAGAUUGUACAGAAGUUGGCUGAAAGAGAAGGUAUCUAUCUCGGCAUUGGUUUCCUCAGUCACAUACGAAUAUUAGAUAGCCCAGGACAACAACGAGGGGCUUUGAACCUUGAAGAUACUUCCCUGUGCAGACCGAUGGAAAAUGGGCAACAUGAUGGGAAAAGUGGGUUCGUUAGAGUUGAGGUUGUCACAGCUUCUCUCGGCUUCCUGACUAAUUUUGAGGAUGUCUAUAAGUUGUGGGGUUUUAUGGCAAAAUUCCUUAACCCAGAUUUAAUCAGAGAGGGUACACUUCCAACCGUUGCCGAAGAGGAGUCAGAGAUCUAACUCCUGAAGUUGAGCAAUUCAAGAUCAUUUGCAAAAUAAUCUGAGAGUCCGAGUGGAAGAUUCAGAAGACCCUGGAGAGGAUUUGGGGGCAACUGUAUAUGGAUAGCUUGCUCUUCCUCAAGACUCUCGGAUGCAAGCGGGUGAAUUUGUUAAUUCAUGUUUGUUGCUGCUUGAAAAUUUCAUUUUAUCUUUUUGGGUUCUUCUAAAGUUGGCUUUAGAAAUAUGUACCAUUUUGGAAGUUACCGUCACCUCAAAGCAGGAGUACAUGGACACAACUGUUACCACUUAGCAUUCUGCUUUUGGUUUAUACACAUUUAAUUUUCCUUCUCUGUAAAAAGAAGUAGCUAAUUUCAGCUUCUGCAGUUCAAAUUCAUUCACUACAAUUCUGAUUUGUCUACUUGUUAUUGAACCAUUUUGCAUUUGAUCCAAGUCAGGACAGACAAGCUUUAAAGUGAUAUGGACUAGAAGUCUAGAAGGAAUGGAUAGUCUUUCCAGUUUCCUUCUAGGCUUUGUUGGAAGUUAGAAAUUUGUGUUGGCUAUAAACUAAAUUAUGUUUUGGUGUCAAAUUAGAAGGCAUGAAAGUGUUAGAAAAUCCAGGGUGGAUGCUGGUGGGUGAAACAUAUUGUUCAUUGUAGCCAAUUUUCACAAAGGAUUAGGUUUUUAAGUUUUGAUAGGUCCUACAACAUCUGAAUAACAUGAUAAUCUUUCGAAAGAAUAGAAUGGAUUGGAAUUGGUAAAUUUGCGACAGUAGUUUGAUGUUGAGCAAGAAAUAGAUGAUGCAAUGCCCGAUUAUGAAACUGGAUAAAUUAGUCAAAGAAAUCAAAGGUGGACUAAUUCAAGAGUCUGUUGGAUUUCCUUUUCUACCGGUAAUUAUCAGAGGUUGGGCCACACCGAUUGGGUUUUGUUUCCCAUGGGAUGUAAUGCUGAAGUUACGUAUCAAUAUCAUCCUGCUUCUCUCUUUUUUG